UCUGGGCCCAGCCCACAGUUGUGACAGUCCUGGCCCCCUGACCCGGAAUCCAGGAUGGAGGCCUCGGCUGGGACCCUGUUCUGUCUACUCCUGAUAUUGCUGUCCACCCCGGGAGCUCUGGGCUCCAACCCCGGCCUGGUUGCCAGGAUCACCGACAAGGGCCUGGAGUAUGUGGCCAAGGAGGGGGCGAUGGUUCUGCAGAGAAAGCUGCGUGGAAUUUCUCUGCCCGACUUCACUGGGGACUUCAAGAUCCGCCACUUGGGCCGUGUGCACUAUGAGUUCCACAGCCUGGACAUCUCCAGCUGUGAGCUGCUCGGCUCUGCUCUGAUGCCUCUCCCCGGCCAGGGCCUGAGGCUCACCCUCUACGACUCUUUCAUCGGGGCCCACGGCAAGUGGAAGGUGCGCAAGUCAUUCUUGAAACUAGAUGGCUCUUUUGACGUGGGGGUCAAGGACAUCACCAUUUCGGUCGACCUCCUCCUGGGCAGCGAGCCCUCAGGGAGGCCCACAGUCACUGUCUCCAGCUGCAGCAGCCACAUCUCUGACGUGGAGGUGGACAUAUCAGGAGAUUUGGGGUGGCUGCUGAAUCUCUUCCACAGCCAGAUCGAGUCCAGGUUCCAAGAAGCAUUAGAGAGCAAGAUUUGUGAAAAGAUCCAGAAUUCAGUGACCUCUGACCUACAGCCUUAUCUCCAAACUCUGCCAGUCACAACAGAGAUUGACAAUCUCACCAGCAUCGACUACAGCUUAAUGGAGGCCCCUCGGGUAACAGACCACGUGCUGGAUGUAAUGUUUAAGGGUGAAAUUUUUAACCAUGAUCACCGCUCCCCAGUUACCUUUGUUGCUCCUGCCAUGAGUCUUCCUGAGGAACACAGCCGAAUGGUCUACUUUGCCAUCUCGGAUUAUGUCUUCAACACAGCCAGCCUAGUUUAUCAAGAGGCGGGGUACCUGAACUUCUCCAUCACAGAUGACAUGGUUCCGCCUGACUCUCCCAUCCGACUGACCACUAAGUCCUUCCGCGUCUUUGUCCCCAGGUUAGCCAAGCUGUACCCCAACAUGAACUUGGAGCUCCAGGGAGCAGUGGUCCCGGCCCCAUUCCUGAACUUCAGCCCUGGGAAUCUGUCCUUGGCCCCCAACAUGGAGAUUGACGCCUUUGUGCUCCUGCCCAGCUCUGCCAGGGAGCCUGUCUUCCGGCUUGGUGUGACCACUAAUGUGUCCGCCGUGUUGACCUUCAACACUACCAAGAUCACUGGGUUCCUGAAGCCAGGAAAGGUACAAGUGGAACUGAAAGAGUCCAAAGUUGGAGUAUUCAAUGUGGAGCUGUUGGAGGCGCUGAUCAACUUCCACAUUCUCAACACCCUCUACCCCAAAAUCAACGAUAAGUUGGCAAAAGGCCUCCCCCUCCCUCUGCUGAAGCAUAUUCGGCUCUACGACCUUGUUCUCCAGAUCCACAAGGACUUCCUGUUCUUGGGCUCCAACAUCCAGUACACGAAAGUCUGAGGGCAAGGAGGAAGGUGGGGCUUGGAGGUCACAGCUGGAUCAGCACGUUGCCCUUUCAGAUGUGCAGCAUCCUCCCGGAGAUUCUGGGAGGAGGAAGACACUUCUGUUCUCAGCUCUGGGGGCGAGGUCUGCGGGGCCUCUACCCCGACACUCCUCUUCAGCAGGUGCACCCACGCCCUCUCUGACUCCAGACUUUCCUUUCCUGCCGGGAUGGACCAUCCUCCCUCUCAGGCCUGUAAUGUCUUUAAGGGCAGGCACUGUCUUUUUUAUUCACCAUCCAAUCCCCAUGCCUAGCGGAGGGCAGGCACUUAGUAGGUCCUCAAUAAAUAUUUCCUGAAUGGUUCAGUAAAGGAACCACCUGGUACUCUAGCUGGACCUCCCUACUGCCCACGCUCUUUUGCCUAAGGGAUCUUUCGAUGGUCAGUCCCGUCUGUGGUCUGCGAGGCUCGACUCUGACCACAUUCCCCUUUCUCAUGGGCUGCUACUUUGGGACCUGACAGAGAGAACAAGGGAUCCCGCUCCCCGCUCAGCCGUGGCUCUGGCACUGAUGUCUGCUCUCUAAGGAGCUCGUCCCUCUCAGUUCAUGGGCAGUUCAGGGCUCGCUUCCACAUGCGCCCCCUCCCUCGCUUCUUGCCUGCUGCACACACAGGGGCCAAUGGAUCUCCUAGAGCAAAAUGUCAGCCUCCCGCUGCUUUCUCUGACGAAACGGGUAUCAAUUAGGAGGAAAUGGAUCCAUCUAGUUUUUGGUCUGUCCCAAAUAAAAAGCUCAUCCAACGGUUGUUUAUGAGCCCCAAGCCUGGAGGAAGAGGCUUGGAUUUCUGAUCACUGAACAGCCAGCCUUUGAUCAGACUUACUAAAGAGUCAUUUCCAAGUUAUGUAGUUGUCCCUUGGGGACUGGGAAUCAGCAGUCUCGUUUGAUUUUUUUUUUUAUUGUGUUAAUGAGCAGAUGGAUGGAGCUGCCAGCUAGCAGAUAAUUCACAGGGAAUAGACCCAUUUACCCUGUAUGUGACAGCAAUGCAUUCCAAGAUGGGACGACACGCUGUCACCCAGCUGGCGAAGCCGUGGCUUUGACUUCUCCCUCCUCUUUCCUUUCAUCCACCAUCGUCCCUGUGCAGGGCUGGUGGAGGGCUCCAGCUCAGUCCAGUACUAGCCAUGUGGCCUUGGGCAGGUCCUUUCCCCCCUCAGCUUCCUUAUCUAUAAAAUGAGGAUGAUAAUGAUAUAUUAAUAAUAAUGAUGACGAUAUUAGGUAAUCCACAUCAAAGGCUUCAUUUAGCCAUAAUGGGGAUUGGAAACUUAUUGGCUGGAUUGCCUCCUGAGCAUCUUCUAUUGGCAGGCACGGGGCUGCUCCCCACGGGGACACAGAGACAGCACAGACCCGGAUCCGGUCCCUGAUUUAAGAGUGUGGCCUCGGGUGUGCUGGAAAGAGCCAGCCUUGAGUCCAGCUUACUUGCUUUAGGCCCCUGGGCAACGCCUCUCUAAGCCUCAGCAUCCUCACCCUUCAAAGGGGGCUGGGAACUCCUCCUCGCAGGGUGACUAGGGACCCCACGGGGUCAAACUUGUGGGGGUGCCCAGGGCAUAACUAGGUCCUGGUAAACAGCUGGUGCGAUCAUCACCUGCUUUCCUUUGGGCUCCCCAGAAGUGGACACUGAGACAAGAAGGUGAAUGCAAGUAGUUUAUUGGGAAGAAGAUUCCAGGAAAUACCCGCAGAGGAGAGAAAAUGAGGGGAGGAAGGGAAGGCAGCCUGUAAAGGAUGUGUGACCAAACCAGUUACCAAAUGGCGGGGCUGGGAUUAACCCCACUGAGGAAACUCCGGGAGCCAGUGCAGAGCACUCCUGAGUGUCCACCCCAGGGCCAGGGCAGCUGGGAUAUUUGCACACCAUGUCCCAUCAGUCACUGGUUGAGGGAGCUCCUGGAGGACCUUAGCUCCCUAGUUCUUCUCUGAGCAGACCGGGCUCCAGUGGCCACAGAAACCUCUCAGACAAAAAAAGAAAAAUGCAAGUAGCGGCAAGUAGAAAUCAGGUUGGUGUGCACUGACGUGGUAAUGUGGGCGGGGCGCUGACAUGGCGGCAUAUAGCCCUAUAGCACGGUAGGAAAUUCAAGAGCUCACACUCCUGGAUGUGCUGUAAAACCGUCUGCCACAUUGCCUGGAAAAGUUGUGGGUUGUUCUCCUCUGCAUAUUUUUAAGAAACUCAGGCUAGUUUGCAAGCAAGCCUGCAUUCCAGAACCUUCUAAGACAUUCCAGGGGAUGGCUCCAAGAAAAGAUUCAGGGAGCCCCAAGCAAGUCCUUGAUGAGUAUGGAGCAACCAGGUUUGCUAUGAGACAGGGGAAAAAACACUUAUUUGUGAAAGAAUAAAAUAUUUCUUAUUCACAAAGCAAGGAAAGGCCAUUCUUACCCGGUGAGACUAAACGCAUUCCCUUCGUAACAGAGCCUCAAGUUAGAGUUCAUCGUGCCUUGCUGGGAUAAGUCCAGGACCACCACACUGGCCCUGGGGUCCCAUAGAAGGUUCUGACAUCCUGAAAUCUGACUGUAGACUUGUGAGUCUCCUGGACAGCUCAGUCUUGUAUAGAAGGACUGGCCUUGGGACAGGACAUUCUGACGUUAAUGACCAGGACUCUGGACUAUCAAAGAACCAUCAAGAAACCACAGUCUCAUUGCACAUAGACCUCAUCUCCACACCAAACUAAGACGCCACCCUGGAGACCCUCCUCUUGACCACAGCCUGUUUCCCCCUCUCUGCUCCUCACUGACUUCCCCACGACCCCUCCCUACAGCUACACAGUGCUCCACACUUGUGUACAGACAAGACAACUUCCUCUUUCUUAAAGAUGCACAGGAUGUCCUGGUGGGGAUGUACCACAAUUUAUUUAACCAAUCCCCUACGAAUGGAUCCUUAGGUUAUUUCCAACAUUUUGCUUUUAUACAUGUGGAGUCCAGCUCUUCAUUUUAACCAGAGUCCAACAAUUUAACCAAAAACUUAUGUGUGACUUCUGAAGUCAGACCGUAGGAAAGCUGCCUUCCCCGCCAGUCUUGGUGCACAGCCGAUGCCUCGCAGCCUCUGGAGGGAGUUGCAGCCAGGGACACAGGCGCCGGCUGGCGAUGCCCCUCCGUAUCUGCAUCCCUAGCCUGAGCGCCUGCAUUUCUAGGUCUCUAUCUGAGGCGCCUCUGCUGAGGACUCUUUAUCAGAGAGACAAGGGCAAACUUUGAAGACGUUUUUCCCUGCCAUGACUCAGCACUCAGUACUUUGUCACUCCCAGCCCUUCCUUCCCCUGGCCUAGGGUCCAUAAAACUGCCAGAAGCUACUGUCUGGGGCUCCCUCAACAAUGAGAUGGCCCCCAUGUCUACACGGAUCCAGUUGAUCCAUCGCUGGCACUCGGUUCCAUGAGGAAAUGAAAGGCGGGUGGGGGUGGUGGUGCAGGUCGGAGCCUCUUGCUUGCUUAGACUAUGGAGUGAGUGACAAAUGGCUUCAGUGUCACUUUCAUUUGGGCUUGUUGUUGCUUUACCCAGCUACUACGACACCUGGCAGCUCAGCUCCCUCUCCUGCUCGGCUCCGCCCCUGACAAUAAAUAGUGCUUCAGUGAA